AUGAGCGACGUUGAGAAACAGUACGAUGUGGCGACACCAGGCGGUGCGAAGAAGAGCGAGGAAAUUGCUGACCAGAGGGGUGGGAUUGAUCCUCUUUUCGAGGCCAAGCUUGUGCGCAAGCUGGAUAUCUACAUUAUCCCAGUGGUUAUGCUGUUGUACUUAUUCAGUUUCCUGGACAGAGUCAAUAUUGGGAAUGCCCGGCUCUACGGCCUCCAGGAGGAUCUCAACAUGAAUGACUCGCAAUUCCAAACCGCAGUUUCGAUUCUCUUUGUCACCUACAUCUUAUCAGAACUCCCUUCAAACCUGGUUCUGAAAAAGUUUACGCCCUCCCGGUGGAUCGCAUUCAUCACCCUCGCCUGGGGGAUCAUUGCAACUCUCACCGGGAUCGUACAAAGCUACGGUGGCCUCAUCGCAUGCCGUCUCCUCCUGGGAGCCGUAGAAGGCGGACUAUUCCCCGGCAUGGCCGUCUACCUAACCUUCUUCUACACCAAACGCGAACUCGCCCUCCGCAUCGGCUACCUCUUCGUCUCCGCUGCCCUCGCCGGUGCCUGCGGCGGCCUCCUCGCCUACGCAAUCGGCCACAUGGACGGUACCGCCGGCCAGCGCGGCUGGCGCUGGAUCAUGAUCCUCGAGGGCAUCCCCACCCUCCUCCUCGGCAUCGCAACAUGGUUCGUCCUACCCAACUCCCCCGAAACCGCCUAUUUCUUCUCCCCAGAGGAAAAAGCUUUUGCUGCCGCCCGUCUCAAGCGCCAAACGGGGUACACGAAGAAAGCGGCCGAGUUCCACUGGGAUGACGUGAAGAAGGCGUUUAAAGACUGGAAAGUCUGGACCUUUUGCUUUGCGCAGUUCGGGUCUGAUACCAUGCUUUACGGCUAUUCCACUUUCCUGCCUACGAUUAUCCGCUCGAUUAAUACGACGGCGAGUAGUGCCAUGGUGCAGGUUCUGACUAUCCCGUGUUAUGCCCUCGGCGCAAUCACCUACCUGCUCGUAGCGCACUUUUCCGAUCGCCAGCAGAAACGCGGGUUGUACAGUGUGCUCCUGGGCCUUGUCAGUAUUGUGGGAUACGCUAUGCUGAUUAGCGAUUCAAACUCCAAAGUACACUACGCCGGGUGUUUUUUGGUGGCGAUGGGAUUGUACGUUUGUGUCGGGUUGCCGCUGGCGUGGUUGCCGACGAACUUACCGAGAUAUGGAAAGAGGACUACGGCUACGGGGUUGCAGCUUAGUAUUGGGAAUUGUGCGGGGAUUAUGAGUGCUUUUAUCUAUCCAACUGCCGAUCGCCCCCGCUUCAUCAAGGGCCACGGCAUCACAAUGGCAAUGGUGGGCUUCGCAUGCUCGUGCUACUGUAUUCUGUGGUUUCACUUCUCAAGGGCGAAUGCAAAGAGAGAGCGGGGUGACGAGGAUGCAGCAGUGCAAAGUCUAAGCGAUGAGGAAAUUGCUGAGUUGGGAGAUGAUAGUCCGAGGUUUAGAUAUACGAUUUAA